AGCGGGCGGGGCGCGCGCUGACGCGUUUCCGGCGGGGCGCUGGCGGCGGCCGCGGACGGGACUCGGUGGCGGCGGCGGCGGCGGCCCGGGGGCAGCCGGGGGCAUUUUAUUUCCAGAGAUGUCUUUCAUCUUCGAAUGGCUCUACAACGGCUUCAGCAGCGUCUUGCAGUUCCUAGGUUUGUACAAGAAGUCUGGAAAACUGGUGUUCCUGGGGUUGGAUAAUGCAGGGAAAACCACUCUGCUGCACAUGCUCAAAGAUGACAGGCUGGGUCAGCACGUCCCCACGCUACAUCCCACAUCAGAGGAGCUGACAAUUGCUGGAAUGACCUUCACGACUUUUGAUCUGGGUGGACACGAACAAGCUCGCCGGGUCUGGAAAAACUACCUGCCUGCCAUCAAUGGGAUUGUCUUCCUGGUGGACUGUGCAGAUCACUCACGGCUUAUGGAAUCCAAAGUUGAGCUUAAUGCAUUAAUGACAGACGAGACAAUAUCCAACGUGCCAAUCCUUAUCUUGGGAAACAAAAUCGACAGACCGGAGGCCAUCAGCGAGGAGAAACUGCGGGAGAUCUUUGGGCUCUACGGACAGACCACAGGAAAGGGAAACGUGCCACUGAAGGAGCUGAACGCGCGGCCCAUGGAGGUGUUCAUGUGCAGCGUGCUCAAGAGGCAAGGCUACGGUGAGGGCUUCCGCUGGCUAUCGCAGUACAUUGACUGAUACGGCACGGACACGAGAGUUCUGCUCCUCUGGACUGAUCCUCUUCACAGCUUCCUAUGGACUUUUCUAUUAGAACAUGGAAGGCUUUCCAAGCCCGUCCUGGCUUUGUCCAAGAGACUCCUGGUUUUCCGGCUGCCCUUAUGGCACAGUGGUGACACCACUCUUUUCCACGCGCCGCUCCUGAGUUGUCCCUGCCGGUUGGGGUGACAGCGGGGCUGCUCCAGCCUGGGAAGGCAAAACUCUGCACAGCUGAAAAAGAGAGCACGUCUCACCACUGUGGUUAAUUGACUUCAAAAACAAACACACGAAAAAGAGAAAAACAGAAAAGGAAAAAGCAAUUAUAUUUUUUAAAGAAAGUGUUAAUGUAAAUGGCGUCCCUUCUAACUUUUUAGUUUAACGUUCAUCUUGUUUGGUCCAGAGUCUGGUUUAGGGUUUUUUAAAAAUAUAUUUAACGGUAUUUAGGUAUUUCACAAAUUACUGAACCAAGGUAUCACGAUAUUAGAAGUGCUCAAUAAACAUAGCAUUUGGGCUUAACUGA